AUGAUAAUUGCGUGCAACAACUUGAGCUUUAAUGAUGAGGAUUUGCUUGAGGAAGGAAGAUAUCACAACAUGGAUUUACACAUCUCUGUUAGUUGUAAAGAAGACACGUUUUCCAAUGUGUUGAUUGAUACUGGUUCUUUGCUGAAUGUUAUCCCAAAAAUACUCUUGGUCACAUUUCAGGUCAUGGACACCUUCCCAGCAUACAGUUGUUUGUUGGGACGCCCAUGGAAUCAUGAAGCUGAGGCAAUUAGGUCCACCCUGCACCAGAAGGUAAAAUUUGUGAAGAAUGGAAAGUUGGUUGUUGUGAAUGGAAAGCAAGCCUUGCUGAUUAGUUAUCUCUCUUUGUUUCCUACUAUAGAAGCUGAUGAAACUGUCAUUAGAAUAGCGUUCCAGGCCCUGUUUGUUAAUGAUGAAUUCAAGAAAGAUAAAGCUUCUAUUGCAUCUUUUAAAGAUGCUUCGCAAGUGGUGCAGAGAGGACCCUCAGACACAGAUACUGUGGAGCAACAUUUUCCGUUGAAGCCCGAAUGCCCUCCUGUCAAGCUAAAGUUGAGAAGAAGUCAUCUCGAUAUGGAGGAGAAGAUUAAGAUUGAGGUUUUAAAGCAGAUAGAUGCAGGAAUAAAUCCUAUUAUGAGCGAUGUGGUUAAAAAGGAAAUCCAAAAACUGCUAGAAGCUGGAAUAAUAUAUCCUAUAUCUGAUAGUAAAUGGGUUAGCCCUGUUCACGUCGUACCAAAGAAAGGAGGAGUCACUGUAAUCACUAACGCAAAAGGAGAAUCUGUAGCACAACGUACCCAAACUGGAUGGAGGAUGUGCAUUGACUAUAGGAAGCUAAAUAAAGCUACCCGAAAAGACCAUUUCCCUUUACCUUUCAUAGAUCAAAUGCUCGAACGCCUAGCUAAACACUCACAUUUUUGUUAUCUGGAUGGAUACUCCGGAUUUUUCCAAAUUCCUAUCCACCCUGACGACCAAGAGAAGACCACAUUCACCUGUCCUUAUGGUACAUUCGCCUAUAGACGAAUGCCUUUUGGACUCUGCAAUGCACCCGCGACCUUCCAAAGAUGCAUGAUGGCAAUAUUUGCCGACUUCCUAGAUGGAAUAAUGGAGGUCUUUAUGGACGACUUCUCUGUCUGUGGAGGAAGUUUUGAAACAUGUUUAGAAAACCUUGAAAUGGUGCUUAAACGAUGCGUAAGCGUAAACCUAGUCCUUAAUUGGGAAAAAUGCCAUUUCAUGGUUCGACAAGGAAUUGUACUUGGACACAUCGUAUCCGAUAGAGGAAUCGAAGUUGAUAAAGCAAAAAUCGAAAUUAUCGAAAACCUUCAACCUCCCAAAACCGUUAGAGAAAUAAGAAGUUUUCUGGGACAUGCUGGUUUUUACCGACGCUUCAUUAAGGAUUUCUCUAAAAUAACCAAACCCUUAACUGAACUACUCAUGAAAGACGCCGAAUUUGUUUUCACCGAUAAAUGCACUGAAGCAUUUCAAACGCUUAAACAAGCAUUGAUCUCUGCGCCAAUUAUGCAACCUCCCGACUGGAAUGAGCCUUUCGAAAUAAUGUGUGACGCAAGUGAUUAUGCUGUAGGAGCCGUUCUAGGACAAAGAAAGGAUAAGAAACUACAUGUCAUAUAUUAUGCGAGUAGAACCCUAGACGAAGCUCAGAUGAAUUAUGCCACGACAGAAAAAGAACUAUUAGCUGUCGUAUUCGCAUUAGACAAAUUCCGUUCUUACCUGGUAGGAGCCAAAAUAAUCAUAUACACUGACCACGCCGCCAUUAGGUACCUCCUAACCAAAAAGGACGCUAAACCAAGACUUUUGAGAUGGAUCUUGUUACUACAAGAAUUCGACCUGGAAAUUAAAGAUAAGAAAGGCACUGAAAAUGUCGUAGCAGAUCACCUCUCUCGAUUGGAAAAUCUGAAACCCGAACAAGUACCAAUUGACGAUGAUUUCCCUUAUGAAAGACUCAUCGCCCAAUCUGACGCACCUUGGUAUGCAGAUUUCGUAAAUUACCUAGCUGCUGGUGUGCUUCCUCCUGAUCUAAGCUACCAACAGAAAAAGAAAUUCUUCCAUGACCUAAAACAUUACUAUUGGGACGACCCACUCCUUUUCAAAAGAGGCCCCGAUGGAAUCUUUAGACGUUGUGUACCCGAGGAAGAAACAAGCGGUCAAGUAGAAGUAUCUAACCGUGAAAUAAAACAAAUAUUAGAGAAAACUGUUGCUAUAUCGAGGAAAGAUUGGUCAACCAAGCUAAAUGAAGCUUUAUGGGCUUAUAGAACAGCUUUCAAAACUCCAAUAGGAACUACCCCAUUCAAACUCGUUUAUGGAAAAUCAUGCCACCUACCAGUAGAGCUAGAACAUAAAGCCUAUUGGGCCAUUAAGAACUUAAACCUAAACUACACUGCCGCUGGUGAGAAACGACUUCUAGACAUAAACGAAUUAGAAGAACUUAGACAAGACGCUUACGAAAACGCCAAAAUCUAUAAAGAGCGAACGAAAAAAUGGCACGACAAGCGUAUAUCUAGGAAAAAUUUUAGCAUAGGCGAUAAAGUGCUCUUAUUUAAUUCUAGGCUAAAAUUAUUUCCUGGUAAGUUACGAUCUAGAUGGUCUGGCCCUUUCGAAGUAACUAACAUAUUUCCGAGUGGAGCGAUAGAAAUCAAAGGCGAAACCGUCAAACCUUUUGUCGUAAAUGGGCAACGUCUUAAGUAUUACCAUCAUCUCGAAUACGAUGAAAACAUCGAAGUUUUUAAACUUGAGUUGGUUCCAUCAUCAAGGAACAUGCUUGAUGCAUAUAGUGAAGGAGAGCUAUUGUCUAAGUCUUAUGAAGAAGGAUAUCGAAUGAUAGAAAGUAUCACGACCAAUACGUAUCAAUGGCCUACAACAAGAGCUAAUGGCAACAAUCACUUGGAAAACAUCUUGAAAUCAUUCAUUCAAGAAACAAAGAAUCAGUUCUUAGCACAAGGUGUGAGUAUUAAAAAUCUAGAGAACCAACUGGGGAAGAUUGCACCCGCUUUGAGAUCCAGACCACAGGGGACACUCCCUAGUUUAACGAAAAUACCAUUUUCUUUUAGAGUGAAGAAUGUAGAGACAUGCAAAGUUAUCAAGUUAAGAAGUGGAAGGGAAUGUGAACCCCUAACACACAAAGAAUCUGAGACAAAUGAAGUCUUGUCUGAUAAGGAUAACACUGAAGAAAAAGACAAGUCUGAUGAGAAACCUACCUCAUUAGAAGAUGAUAAAGACAGACGAGCUGAAAUCAAGCGUGACAAGACUCUAAAGUCUGUAAAGCAACAUGAAGUCUUGACAAAGUCAAUUAGUGAGAAGAAGUUUGUUCAAGAGUUACCACCACCUCCUUUUCCUCAAAGGAUUAGGAAAGCAAAAGAAGAGCAACAAUUUGGAAAGUUUAUGAAGAUACUCAAACAUCUCCAUAUCGAUAUACCUUUGAUAGAAGAAAUUGAGCAAAUGCCAAAUUAUUCCAAGUCCAUGAAGGACAUGCUCAAUAAAAGAAAAAGAGUGAGAGAAUUUGCUACUAUUUCACCAACUUAA